AUGGCUGACCGACAGCAGAUAGUGAUCAAUUUCGCUGCUGGCGGCGGGGCCGGGACCGUUGAGGCAUUCGCAUGCCAUCCACUCGACACUAUCAAGACACGUAUGCAGUUGUGUCGCGUUGUCGCGAAUGCUGGCCCGAGCCUAAGUUUCAUUGGAACGACUACCUCAAUUGUCACCCACGAAGGAGUCUUCGCCUUAUAUAAUGGUCUCUCCGCAGUCCUUCUGGGCAUGGGACCAAAGAUCGCAAUCCGUUUCUCCAGCUUCGAAUUCUAUAAAUCCUUGUUCCAAAAACCCGACCGCGCGCCCCAAAGCCACGUACUCUUCUUGAGUGGUCUUGCUGCUGGUGUCACGGAGGCUAUAACCGUCCUCAACCCCAUGGACGUGCUCAAGAUUCGGCUGCAGGCACAGAAAGCUGCCUCUGCACAGAUCUCACCCAAUGCUACAGCCCCGGUGUCGGCACGCCCAAGCCUCAGUGUGGUCUUGAAGAACAUGAUCGAGAAAGAAGGUGUCUUCGCACUCUACCGCGGUGUCGGCCUCACAGCAGUCCGCCAAGGCACGACGCAAGCCGUGAACUUCACCGUUUAUAACAUCCUCAAGGAUUUGCUUCGCAAGUACCAGCCCGACAAGGAUGUCCUGCCCAGCUGGCAGACCAUGGGAAUUGGAUUGUUUGCAGGCGCAUCGGGCCCGAUAUGCAAUGCACCGCUGGACACUGUGAAGACGCGUGUGCAGAGCACGACGGGUAAGUUCAGCGUGUCGCAGGUGCCGGGCAUGAUCGCGGUCGUAGCGAGAGAGGAGGGUGUUCGAGCGCUGUGGAGGGGGAUCACACCGCGGCUAUUGCGUGUUGCGCCAGGACAAGCAGUGUCCUUUACGGUAUAUGAGUUCUUAAAGGGCCUGCUGCAGAAGUCCGGAUGA